CAGACCCCCCGGCCCGCUAGGUACCUACCAUCGCUAUAAAGUCGGUGUAGUCGAUAAGCCACCUCCAUUUUACAUUUUCCCUCUAUAUCCUGUGAUGGAGAAACUUAAUGUUUUAAUGUGUGGUACUGGAGAGUACACCACAGGAUGGACGGGUGCUGGUGCCUCAAAGUCAGACAAGAAGAUUGGUGUUGUCGGUCUUACUCUUUUUGACCUUCGGAGAUUGGGUAAAGUCAACCACCUUGGUAUGGUUGGCGUGAACGGAGGGAAGUUCCCAGCCAUCCGGGAACAUCUUCAAAAGAACAUCGGCGACGUGUACAAAGACAUGGACCUCUCGUUCGAUGAGUUCCCUAAAGGUGGCAAAAUCGAUCCUGCAGCUUACAAAGAAGCGAUCGACAAGUUAUCCCCUGGAGAUGCUGUGAUCAUCUUCACACCUGAUCCGACUCAUUAUGAUAUUUCUAUGUACGCGAUCAAAUGCGGUAUUCAUGUCCUGGUCACCAAACCCGCCGUCAAACUUUUGUCGCAUCAUAAUGAACUUAUUGCUGCAGCUCGGGAACAUAACGUAGUGUGCUUUGUGGAGCACCACAAGCGGUUUGACCCAGUGUACAGCGAUGCCCGUGCAAAGGCCGCUACUUUGGGAGAAUUUAAUUUCUUCAGCGCGUGGAUGAGUCAACCAAAAAGCCAGCUGGAAACUUUCCGUGCUUGGGCUGGAAAGGAAUCUGAUAUCAGCUACUACCUCUCCUCGCACCAUGUUGACAUCUGCUGCUGGAUUCUCCAAGGGAAGGCAAUCCCGACCCGGGUCGUCGCCAGUGCAGCAACCGGAAUCGCUACUAGCGAACCCUACAACUGUGUUCCGGAAACUGAAGACACCAUCACUCUUAUGGUCGAUUGGGUCUCCACCUCCAGCAGAAAGCAUCGGGGUACGGGUGUUUUUACCGCAAGCUGGACGGCUCCGUUGAAGGCUGGAGUACAUACCGCCCAACAUUGGUACUAUAUGGCUGAGAAGGGUGAUAUCACAGUCGACCAGGCCCACCGUGGCUAUGAUGUGACAAACGACGACACUGGUAAGAUGUGGUUCAACCCGUUCUACAUGAAGUAUUCGCCAUCGGAAAGUGGUCACUUUGAUGGUCAGCGUGCUUACGGCUAUGUUUCGAUAGAGAAAUUCGUCGAUGCAGCGCGCAGUGUCAAUGCGGGACAGGCCAAGGCCACAGAUUUUGAUGUACAUGGUCUACCCACCAUUGCCAACACUGUACUCACGACUGCCAUUCUUCACGCUGGUCGAAUCAGUCUGGAUGAAAAACGUGCAGUAGGAAUCAAGCAGGAAGGCGAUCAAUGGAUACUCGAGUAAAUGAACGGCCCGGGGGUAAAUACAUAAGAAUCGGUGUACCUACGGCAAAAUGAGGUUCGUGUUAAAAGGGGGAAAUUCUAGAGGGUUUGUACCAUCUAUAUCAACUUCGUGGUUCUUGCUACUAGUGAGGCCGAGCUUCCUCUUGUAGUAUGUACAGUUACAACACAGACGGCCUCCGUGUUCAAGUGGCGCG